AAUGGCGUCGAGGAGGAAUCGGGGUGCGGGUCCGUGGGGAGAAGGGCGGGCGGUCGGCGUCCAGGCGCUGAUUUGGGGUCACUUUGGGUUUUUCCUCACCAAAACGCGGGCGGCGCUGAGCUCCGUCCCGAGCACCAGCACGCGCUGAGGAUCGCGGCCCGGGACGAGAUGACAGCGGGCGGCAGCGCUGCGUCACCGCGUUACUCACCGCUGUGUCAUUUGACAUGGACGAUGAGGACGGCCGGUGCCUGCUAGAUGUCAUCUGUGACCCUCAGGCCCUCAACGAUUUCCUGCAUGGAUCCGAAAAGCUGCACGUCCAGGAGUCCUCCGGCAACCACCUGACGGCCGAGCAGAGCCAACCCAGCGCCAGCGUGGACCUCGACUUCCUGGAGGAUGACAUCCUGGGCUCCCCGGCGGGCGGCGGGGCCAACCUGCCCAGCUCGGAGCAGCCCUGCGACAUCCUGCAGCAGAGCCUGCAGGAGGCCAACAUCACCGAGCAGACUCUGGAGGCCGAGGCCGAGCUGGACCUGGGCUCCUUCCAGCUGCCCACGCUGCAGCCCGUGGUGCAGGCGGCCUCCGACGGCGCUCCGCAGAUCUUCUCCGGCGGCGCCGACCUGAUCGGUUUGCAGCAGCCCGCCGUGCUCACCCACCAGGCCCUGGUGCAGCAGUCGGUGGGGGCGGACGUGGUCAACAAAGCCAUCAGCGUGCAGCCCUUCCUGCAGCAGGUGGGCCUGGGCAACGUCACCAUCCAGCCCAUCUCCAACCUGCAGGGCCUGCCCAACGGCAGCCCCGGCGGCGCGCUGGGCAUCGGCCCCAUCCAGGUGGUGGGGCAGCAGGUGAUGGCCAUCAACCAGCCGGCGCAGCAGAUCAUCGCCAAGCAGGUGCAGCCCUCCCAGGUGGCCACGGUGCCCGUGGGCAGCUACAUCACGCAGACGGCCCCUGAGCAGCAGCAGGUCGCCCUGACCUCGGCCGGCGUGUCCCCGCAGGGCGCCGGGUUGGUCAUCCAGAAGAACCUCCCGGCCGUGGCCACCACCACCCUGAACGGCAGCUCGGUGUUCGGCGGCGUGUCGGGGGCGCAGGGCUCGCAGCCGCUCACCGUCACCUCCAACCUCAGCAGCCCCCUGGUGCAGGCGCAGAACGUCAUCAUCCACCGCACGCCCACCCCCAUCCAGCCCAAGCCCGCCGGCGUCCUCCAGCAGAAGCUCUACCAGAUCACCCCCAAGCCCUUCGGCUCCAACAACGCCACGCUCACCAUCCAGAACGAGGCCGCCCUGCAGCAGCAGAAGGCGCAGCAGAACCUCACCUUCAUGGCCGGCAAGCCGGCUCAGAACGUGGUGCUGUCGGGCUUCCCGCAGGGCCUCCCGGCCAACGUCUUCAAGCAGCCCCCGCCGCAGCAGCAGGCGCUCAGCAAGCCCAUGAGCGUGCACCUGCUGAACCAGGGCAGCAGCAUCGUCAUCCCGGCGCAGCACGUGCCGCAGGCCAUGCUGCAGGGCCAGAACCAGUUCCUGCUGCCCGGGCAGCUGGCGGGCGCCCCGGCCGUGCAGAUCCCGCAGCAGCUCUCGGCGCUGCCGGCCAACGUGGGCGGGCAGAUCCUGGCGGCGUCGCACGGCGGCGGCCAGGCGCACAUCAUCACCAGCCAGGGCCCCGGCGGGCAGCUGAUCGCCAACCAGGCGCUGCCGGCGCAGAUCCUCACCAACCAGAACAUCGCCGGGCAGCUCAACCUGGGCCCGGUGCUCGCCUCGCAGAACGCCCACGGCACGGCCCACAUCCUCUCGGCGCCCAUCCAGCUGCAGCCCGGCCAGGUGGGGCAGCCGGCGCUCUUCCAGAUGCCGGUGUCGCUGGCCGGCAGCCUCACCACGCAGAGCCAGCCCUCGGUGGCCGCUCCGCUGCCCGGCGCCGCCGCCGCCGCCAUCGGCCAGACGGGGCAGACGGUGAUCCAGGGGGUGACGCUGCCCAGCCAGGUGGCCAUGCUCAACGCCGCCGACAACCUGGGCCAGGCCGUCAGCAUCCAGCCCUCGGGCAGCAGCCAGAGCCCCGGCCUCCUCCCCCCGCAGCCCGCCCCGACCGCCGGCCUCCUCCCCGCCGCCGCCGCCGAUCCGCCCGCGUCCAUCCUGGCCAUCCAACCCCCCGCCGCGCCGCCCGCCGCGCCCGCCCCGCUGCAGCUCAGCGUUCAGCCCCCGCCGCCCGCCCCGCCGCCCGCCCCGCUGCCCGCCGCCUCCCAGCCCAGCCCCGGCUUGGCCGCCAGCCCCGAGAAGAUCAUCCUGGGCCAAGCGGCCGCCGGGGCCGUCAUCAACCAGGACUCCAUGCAGAUGUUCCUGCAGCAGGUGCCACAGGGGAUCAUCCUGCAGACAAAGCAGCAGACUCCCACCAGCCAGGCCUCCCCAGCGCUGAGCCAGUUCAGCAGCCAGUCCUCCUCCGUCCUGGUCAGCAGCCAGGGGCAGCCGGUGACGGUGACGGCGACGCCGACCCCCGCGCACAGCCACGCGCCCACCGCCGGGCCGCCCUCCAGUGCAGGUGGCACCGCCCCCCCUCCCUCCGACAGCAAACCCUUCUCCAGCGCCACUGCGCCCAUCGCUGCCGGGAAGGGGCCCACGGCCACGGGGAAGCCGGGAGCGACCCUGGCGAUGCCGCAGCCGGUGCAGACCAAACCGGGGGUGAUCAGCUCCGUCUCGGGCCUGAACCUGGGGAAGGGGCCGCUGCAGAUCCAGGUGGUAGGGAAGGGACUGUCGCAGCUCGUGCCCUCGGUGCAGAGCCAGCAGCUGUAUGACAGCAAGCUGGGGAGCCUGAAGAAAACUCCCACACUACAGCCCAGCAAAGAGGCCUGCUUCUUGGAGCAGCUGCACAAACAUCAGGGGGCAGUGCUGCAUCCCGACUACAAGACCUCCUUCCACUCCUUCGAGGACGCCUUACAGAGGCUGCUGCCCUACCACGUCUACCAGGGGAUGCUGCCCUCCGCCCAGGACUACAGGAAGGUGGAUGAGGAGUUUGAAGUGGUGUCCACGCAGCUGCUGAAGCGCACGCAAGCGAUGCUGAACAAAUACCGCCUGCUGCUCCUCGAGGAGUCCCGGAGAGUCAGCCCUUCUGCGGAGAUGGUGAUGAUCGACCGCAUGUUCAUCCAGGAGGAGAAGACCAUGCUGGCGCUUGACAAGCAGCUGGCGAAGGAGAAGCCAGAUGAGUACGUCUCGUCGUCGUCCCGCUCCCAGAGCCUCUCCUUGGCGGCAGCGCAGCCCUCCUCAUCCUCCUCCUCCUCGUCCUCCGGCCUCGCGCCCGCAGCCGACGGCUCGAAGGCUGCAGCGGUGCAGACGGCCACGGCCAUCAACCCCACCAAGCUGGUGAUCAAACACAGCGGCGGAUCCCCGUCGGUGACGUGGGCCAAAGCCUCGCCGAGCCUGGACGGCGACGACGACGCGCUGCCGUCGCGCAGCAAGCCGCCCAUCAAGACGUACGAGGCGCGCAGCCGCAUCGGCCUCAAGCUGAAGAUCAAGCAGGAGGCCGGGCUCAGCAAGGUGGUCCACAACACCGCGCUGGACCCCGUCCACCAACCGCCGCCCGUCUGCAGGGUGAUCAAAGCCGCCGAGCAGCACCCGGCCGCCGGGCAGAUGAACGGGACGCUGGAGCACGGCUCCGCCGCGCCGCCGGAGAAGAAAGCGGCCGUCAGCUUCUGCCGCCUCCCCCUCCGCAAGACGUACCGGGAGAACGUGGACGCCUUCGUGGCCGAGAAGCCCACCGACAAAGGCAGCGGCGCCGCCAGGGCCGACAAAGCGCCGCUCAAGCAGGAGGACGGGACCCAUAAGGGCCCCGAGGGCGCCGCGGCCGACAAGGGCCGUGCGGAGGAGAGCUCCAAGCUGCUCUUCUUCGGCCGCGGCGACGCGCGCCCGCUGGUGCUGCACGGCAGCCCCGUCCCGCAGAAGAGCGACGACCCCAGCAGUGGCCUUAUGAAGGAGCUGGCGGAAGUGGAGGAGGAGUUCUACCACGGCAUGAUCAAAACGGAGCCCCCCGACCACGGCCCCGGCGCCGAGCUCACCUGGGAGGUGCCGCUGCCGCCCACCAAGCGCAGGAAGUCCGAGUCCUUCGAGGUGGACAACGCCAGCUUCUCCAGCGACAGCCCGCAGGACGACUCGCUCAACGAGCACCUCCAGAGCGCCAUCGACAGCAUCCUCAACCUGCAGCAACCUCAGACUGGCGGCCAGAACGUCCGCACCCCCUCCUCGUCCUACAACUCCUCCUCCUCGCCCUUCUCCUCGCCCGUCCACCGCACGGACGCCUACCUUGCCCCCAAUCACAACGGCGGCCUUGGCGCGAGGACGUUGAACAGAUAACAGCGAACCACACGGAGCCGAACGACGGGCCGAG